AGAGCCAACCACCGAAAUUCGAGACAAACAAAAAACCCUAGAACUCCAAAAUAUCGCGAUAUAAAUAAUAAAACUUCCAGAUCUGCAGUCUACGUUUAUCUCUCCGUCGAGACGACCAAUCUCUUUCUUUUUCUUUCAGUCAAAUUGAAGAACUUAAAAGUCGUUUCCUCCCAUUACCAUGGUUCGGGAAAAAGAUGUGUGUUGGGAAUAUGCUGAGAAAUUAGAUGGAAACAAAGUUAGAUGCAAAUUUUGUCUUAGGGUUUUGAAUGGUGGAAUCAGUAGGUUAAAGCAUCAUCUAUCUCGUCUUCCAAGUAAAGGUGUAAACCCUUGUAAUAAAGUUAGAGAUGAUGUUACUGAUAGGGUUCGAGCUAUUAUUUCAUCGAAAGAGGAUGUUAAAGAAACUUCUAGUGUUAAGAAGCAGAAGAUAGCUGAAGUUAGGGCUCCUGGAAAUAUGUCUGCCAGUAGUAAAAUUACUACUCUAGAGGCAUCCUCUCCAGUGUCAAAAGUUUUCCCCGCUGCCUUAUCUAUUGCUGCUUCGACGUUGAGCGACCAGGAAAACGUGGAGAGAAGCAUUGCUUUGUUCUUUUUCGAGAAUAAGUUGGAUUUUAGUGUAGCUCGUUCUUCGUCGUAUCAAGCAAUGAUUGAUGCAGUUGGAAAGUUUGGUCCUGGAUUGAUAGGUCCAUCUGUGGAAACCUUGAAGACGGUUUGGUUGAAAAGGAUCAAGUCUGAGGUGAGUUUGCAAUCAAAAGAUGCGGAGAAGGAAUGGGCUACUACAGGAUGUACGAUCAUUGCAGACACAUGGACGGACAAUAAAGCUAAAGCUUUAAUCAACUUUUUGGUUUCGUCGCCCUCGAGGACCUUUUUCCACAAGUCUGUAGAUGCAUCCUCGUAUUUUAAGAGUACAAAGUGCCUUGCUGAUUUAUUCGAUUCUGUUAUUCAAGAUAUUGGCCCGGAAAAUGUUGUUCAAAUCAUCAUGGAUAAUAGUUUCAACCACACUGGUAUUUUGAACCAUAUUUUGCAGAAUUAUGGAACCAUUUUCGUAUCUCCUUGUGCUUCUCAAUGUUUGAAUCUAAUAUUGGAAGAAUUUUCUAGGGUAGAUUGGGUGAACCGGUGUAUCUUACAAGCACAAACAUUAUCCAAGUAUCUAUACAACAAUGCAUCGAUGCUUGAUUUAAUGAAGAAGUUCACCGGGGGACAGGAGCUCAUAAGAACUGGAAUAACAAAGUCUGUUUCCAGCUUUCUAUCAUUGCAAUCAAUUUUGAAACAGAGAUCAAGACUAAAGCAUAUGUUCAAUAGUCCUGAAUAUUCAACUAACUCCUCGUAUUCAAAUAAACCGCAGAGCGUUUCUUGCAUCGCCAUUGUCGAGGACAAUGACUUUUGGAGAGCAGUAGAAGAAUGUGUGGCAAUAUCUGAGCCUUUCUUGAAGGUGUUGAGGGAAGUGUCUGGAUGGAAACCUGCUGUCGGUUCUAUAUAUGAACUAAUGACCAGAGCCAAGGAAUCGGUUAGGACAUACUAUAUAAUGGAUGAGAGUAAGUCGAAGACAUUUUUGGACAUAGUUGACAGACAAUGGAGGGACCAACUUCAUUCACCUUUACAUUCUGCCGGGGCAUUUUUAAAUCCUAGUAUCCAGUAUAAUCCGGAAGUAAAAUUUCUGGGAUCUAUAAAAGAAGACUUCUUCAAUGUUCUAGAGAAACUACUUCCCACACCCGAGUUAAGACGUGACAUCACCAAUCAAAUUUUCACUUUUACCAGGGCAAAGGGGAUGUUUGCUUGUAAUCUAGCAAUGGAGGCACGAGAUACAAUUUCUCCUGGGCUCUGGUGGGAGCAGUUCGGGGACUCGGCACCUAUGUUGCAACGGGUUGCGAUUAGAAUUCUUAGUCAAGUUUGCAGCACUUUUACUUUCGAGAGGCAUUGGAGCACAUUCCAACAGAUUCACACGGAGAAAAGGAAUAAGAUCGACAAGGAAACAUUGAAUGAUGUUGUGUAUAUUAACUACAACCUCAAGUUAGCAAGGCAGAUGAAAACAAUGUCAAUGGAUUCCGACCCUAUUCAGUUUGACGACAUUGAUAUGACCUCAGAGUGGGUAGAGGAAAGUGAAAACCCUAGCCCGACGCAGUGGCUUGAUCGGUUCGGUUCUGCUCUGGACGGGGGUGACUUGAACACCAGACAGUUCAGUGCUGCCAUGUUCGGCAAUGACCCUAUCUUCGGCCUGUGACUCAUCGUAUCUAGUAUCUGUACCAUCUUGUGUUAGAAACUUAGAAUGAGAUUAGUAUUUAUAGUUAGUUUGGUUUGGUUUAAAUUAUUGAAAUGAAAUCUGGAGUGGCCACGCAUCAAUGGCGCUGUUUAACUCUGUUAAUGCAUGAAUGAAAUCUGAUUCAUUAUGUCAUUA